UGGAGAGUCAAGCUGAAACGAUGUCUUCCGAAGAGACCCUGAAGUGUCUCUUGUGCUUUUAUGAGAAGAAAGUAAGAAAGAUGGGGUUGAAAUGUCCAUCUGGGCAUUAUUUUUGUCCUGAAUGAGCUAAGAGCUUUAUUGAAAGUGGAAUAACAAACUAUGAUAUAUGACUUCCUUACAAGUGUUAUGAAUGCCAUAAAGAAUUUGAAUUAGAGAAGAUCUUUUCCAGAAUGAGCGAGUCUCAAAGGGAGAAACUUGCAAUGUACCAGGCUAUUGAAGUCCUAGGUAAAGACAAAUUUGAAAUAGUGAAUUGUCCAUACUGAGACUUUGUUUCAGUCUGGGCUAAAAAUUCGACCAAUAAUCUGCUUUAUUGUCCAAAUAAGGAAUGCAAAUAAAGGAAGCUGUCGGAUUUGAUUCAAGGAAUUUAAGGUUCCGGACAAACUAGGCUUCACUCCAGAAGAGAUAACCAAGAUGGAAAAAGAUGGAAUUCUUAAGCACCAUGAGUGCUUCAAAUACAAAACUAUGAAAGAAGACUGGGACGAAGCUAUUGAUCAAGGGCAUCAAAGAGAAUGUCCUGGGUGUCAUGCAAAAGGCAUAAAAGAUACAGCUUGUACUAGUAUGAAAUGCCCCCAUUGUGGUACUGCUUGGUGCUAUUGUUGUGGACUAAGUGAAAACAACUGUGAUAAAUCAGAUCCGAAUGGAGAUAUGCACAAGCAUAAUGUCAAUUGGCAAAAAUAAUAAAAAGAGAUGUCCUUUAUUUCUGUUAGAGAUAUGGGAUAUAGAUAAAAGAUGGGAUAGAGAUGAUGAAGCAAAAUGUUUAGAGUUCUUACAUAAGAUUCUUCUUUCCAAAGCUAUCAGAAAUUUUUUCACGAAAUACUCUGAAAACCAAUUCCAAACGCUCUGAAACAAGUUUCCUGAUGUAAAGAACCAUGGAAUUGAUCUAAAAGAGGCUAAAACAAUGGACUUGACUUUGAUCAAGAGAAGACUCCCACCUCCUCCUCAACCUGUCAGAUCUGUUCCUACACCUUCCAGAACUUCUUCCACAUAUAGCCAAUCAUCAUCAGGUUGGGAUUGAAUUAUCCAAUAA